AUGUCUUCCAACAACGCUCACAACAACGGCAGCGAGUCUGCCACCUCGCCCACCCGACGACAGGGCGGCUCGCCCUCGCCAUCCCCAAACCGAUCCGCAUCGACCUCUCUCCAGGCUGCUGCUGCUGUCAACGCUGGCUUGCAACACCAGGGUUCGAGACGUUCCUCCGGCUCCCUCUCUCGACAGGUCACCACGUCCUCUAGCAACGGCCGCAGGCGAUCUCAGGUCCUCAUGAACCUCCAGCUCAACGACCCUGCUGUCCCUGGGCCGGGCGAGAUGGUCCAGGAGACUGCCCACCGAUCCAACGUGGCCAGCCCUAUCGCGCCGUCUUCCUUGUCACCGUUGAUAACGGGCAGUGAGCUCCCUCAUCACCGCGCUCCAAGCCUGGGCGAGCUACACCAGGAAUUAGAGGCUGAGCAGGAGGCCCAGGUGAAUCGGCUCCUCCUCCAAAUUCGCCAACAGCAGGCCCAGAUCCUACAGUACCAGAAUCAGUCCGCCAUCGCCGGCGAAGAGUCUCCCGGCCAGUCCACCCCAGCUUUGACUGCACAGCCUAUCCCUGUGGCUUCCUCUCAUGCUCACUCUGCCGUCCCGACUGCCCCUUCCACGGGCUCCCUGCCCCGAUCGCCAGUGUUGCCCCGCAGCUCUUUUGACCUUGCUCGCGGCGACCUGAGACACCGAUCUCGAACGCCCAGCCGCGGUGCCUCGCCCAGACUCCGGUCUACCUCCAUCAGCCAAGAAAGCGGCGAACCAUUUGUGCUGGGCGGCAGAGAUGAGAGUGCUUUUUACCAGGCCGAGACCCAGAUGUUGACGAGGGAGAAUCAGAUGCUACGACACCGUAUUCGAGAUCUAGAACGACAACUUGAGAAUCUCAGCGGGGGAGCGGCCGCCGUCACCCGGGAGCCUGCACAUCACUCAGGCCUGAUGAGAUCGGAAUCAGUGUCCGAGGAGACUAGGCCCUCUGGAGCUGCCUCGGCAUCUGAAGGCAGCUUCUCGGUGCGAGAGACGCCCAAAGAUGAAUGA